CCAUACCAGCGCCAUGAUCAUCUCCAAAUGCCUUACCUGAUCACCACCAUGAUUACUGCCAUACACCAUACCAGUUCCCUGAUCACCGCCAUACUCCAUACCAGCAUCCUGAUCACCACUAUAUCCCAUACUAGUGUUCUGAGAACCCCAUAUGCCAUACCAGCAUUCUGAUCACUGCCAUACCCCAUACCAGUGUUCUGAUCACACCCAUAUCCCAUACCAGUGUCCUGAUCACUGCCAUACCCCAUACCAGCAUCCUGAUCACCGCCAUAUCCCAUACCAGUAUCCUGAUCACUGCCAUACC